AUGAUAUUGGGUACAGAAGUAAAUGAAUUUGUGACUAAUCGCCAGUAGUCUAAAAUACACUAUCUAUCUUAAGAGAAUAAACUUCUAUAAGAAUAUAUUGCUGAUUUAGAGAAUGCAUUAAAAUUAAAUAAAUAAGCUAUGUCUUUAGCAUUGGACAGUAAUAAGCCUUAGGUAAUUCUUUUAAAUUAAUGUCAACAAAGCAAACAAAAGACGGAAGCACAUUGUCAAGUGAGUAAAGUUCAACUUCUGAAUUGAUCAAACUUUUAAAUGAGGAGAAUAAGAAAUUAAUGGAAGCCUUAACUAAGCAAUAAAAAUUAAGUAGUUAGUUGCAAACCAAAAUACUCUUAUAGGAAUAAAUAGCUGAGGAGCAAUCAAAUUAUUAUAAAGAUUUAAUUAGUGAUUUAGAAUAUAAGUUAAUUGAGUUGAAACGAAACAUUCAUGAUAAAGAAUAUGCUAUAUAAGAAUUAGAAAGAAUGAAGCCAAUUUAAGAGAAGGAAGGCUAAUUAAUUAAAUUAAUAGAAGUAGUGACACCUUCUGAAUAGAAUCUUAAAAUGCAUGAAGAAUUAGAAAGUGUGAGAGGAGUAUUGUAGAAAAUUACAGCUGAAGCUCAAAGUGUUUCAGAAAGCAAUAAUGCCUUAAGAGAAGUUAAUUAUCAUUUGAAAAGGGAAAUAUUUAAAAUGAGAAUAGUAUUGAGAAGUUAAGUGAACUAUUAAAAUAUGAAAGGUAUUAAAUAUUAAUAUUCUAGAUUUUGUAUUUAAUGAAUAUCUUGAAAAAACAGAUAACAAUCUUGAAUUGAAUAGAGAAUUAUAAAAUCAUAGAGGUAGAUUAGAAUAAAUGCAUUAAGAAUUAUAUGGAACUAGCAGUUUAGGUUAUGGAUUUUCUCCAGAACCAUAAUAAUUGAAAUAUUUGAGUAAAAAUGAAAGGAUGAUUUAUUAAGAGAAAUUGCAUAAAAUGGAAAUGAUGGUUAAAGGAUUUAAAGAAUUAUUUGAAAAAGAAAAAAAUAGUAAUUUAAGUGUUAGUAAAUUAUAUAAUGAAUUAAUAAAGAAAUAUUAAUAAAUAUAAGACACUAAUGAAUUAUUAAUAAGAUCAAAUUAAUUAAAAGAUUAAAAGAAUGAUCAAUUGAUGGCAGAAUUGUAAUUUUACAAGAAAUAAAAUUAAAAUUAUAUGGAAUAACUCAAAACUAGAAAAUAGUUCAAUUCUAUAUAAUUAAAUUAAGAAUAAGAUAUAGCUAUUGGUAUAUUUAGUCCUAGAUUUAAUAAUGAAAGAGUAAAUACUUAACCAUCUUAUUUUGUAAGACAUUCUUAAUAAUUAUCAAAUGCUGAUGUUAAAUUAGAUGAUACAGAACCAAAAGAAAAUAUCUCAGUCUAAUUAAACAAUUCAAAUUAGAAAUAAAUUCAAUAAGUUCUUCCUUAAAUUAAAAUGAAAAAAUUAUAAUUAAAAGAAUUAGAAAUUAAUACAGAUGAUAAUUUUGAAUAGGCUCCAUAUUGUUAAACAGCCAGAGCUGAUUCUAAACCACUAGUAAAAAAUCAAUUAUAGUAAUAAAAAAUUUAAUACUAUGAUAUGACUAGAGAAGAAUGUGUUAAUUUCAUAAUGUCAAUGUCUAAAGAAUUCUUUUAACAUUUUGAUGUAUUAUAUCACUUAAAUUUUAGAUAAGUAAUAUUAAGAAGAAAUAAUUAAAAAAAUAGAUGGAGAAUCCACUAUCAUAAAUAAAAAGAAUUAAAAGAUCUUACAGUAAUCCAUUUUCUUACUUUUCAAAUGAGAGUUAAGUCAAUUUUACAAAACCUCCUAAAUAAUCAGUUUUAGCUAUUGUAAUUAUUAAUAUUAUCAAUUUUUUAAGACCAAAAAUGAAAUUUAAUAAUUAUUAGUUUAAUUAACAUGCAAAAAGUAGUAGUAAUCUGAACAUUUUGAUUUAUUCAGUGUUGAUGUUUCUUAAAUUGAUGGUAAUAAAAGCAAGAAAUAAAUGCUUGAUUAAGAUAUUAGUUUUAUUUCAAAUAUUGAUUAAUAAGAUUGA